UCUCCCCCGGAUGGCGCGAUGUCUCUUGCCAAGCCCUCCUCCGCCUUCCUCCGCGGGAGUGGCACGAGAACCAAUAUCCUCCUUCCCCUCUUCCACCGUCAUCGCCUCGAUGACCUCCUCUUCUCCUCCUCCGCCACCGCCGCCGCCGCCGCGGCGGACGAAGGCGAGAAAUCGUCUCAAAGAUGCCAUGUUGUGGUCGAAUAUCUCAUCAACUCGUGUGGCCUCUCCUCCGCGGAGGCUUCCAAAGCCUCCAAAUCCCUCGCCCACCUCAAAUCUACCGAGAGGAUAGACGCCUUCCUCGGAUCCUUGAGAAGCCACGGUUUCGACGACGCCAGUCUCAGAACGGUCGUAUCUCGCUACCCGAAAUUGCUCAACUAUAGUGCCGAGAGGAAUCUGGCUCCAAAGUUCCAAUUUUUCCGGGAUCUGGGAUUCUCUGGAUCCGACCUCAGCCGGUUGUUCCUCUCAAGUGCCAAUGUUUUUGGCCUCAGCCUCCACCGCACCAUCCAGUCCCGGUUGGAUUUCUGGAUGCGCCUCCUCGGCUCCAAAGAGCACCUCGUGAAGCUCCUCAAAAGCAACUUAUGGGUUAUCAACAACAGCAUUGAGAGGGUCAUCAUGCCCAAUCUCUCACUGCUGCGGGAGUGCGGCAUCUCAGAUCAAAGGACGGCUUGGGUGCUGCGGCGGACCCCCACAUUCAUCUGCAGGAGUCCGAAAAAAUUCAGAGCUUUGAUUGAGCGGGUCGAGGAAUUGGGGGUACCCCGCAGCUCGGGGAUGUUCUUGUGGGCUCUCUGGGCUCUGAGCCGUGUCAGUGAGGCCAAAUUCAAUGCUAAACUCCAAGUCAUGAGGAGUUUUGGGUUGUCAGAGGUUGAAUCCUUUGCUGCCCUCCGCAAGGAUCCAAGAUUUCUUACGAAUUCUGAGGAAAUGUUGUCUGCAAAGAUGACCUUUUUGGUAAAGGAAGUUGGUUUUGAGCCAGCGGAGGUUGCCUUCCGUCCGAAGCUCCUCACGUUCAGCUUGGAGAAGAGGUUGAUGCCUCGGCAUCGGAUCAUGCAGAUGUUGAAGGCGAGCGGGUUGCCUUGUGGGAAAAAGCAGUUCACCACUGUUCUUUCUCCUUCGGAGAAAGUGUUCAGAGAGAAGUAUGUAAACCCACACAAGGAAAAGGUUCCAGGACUAUUAGAGAUGUAUGUUGCUGCAUGUGGCAAGGGAAGCACCAUUUAACUUUGGGUAUUCUGAUGUGCAAACACCUCUUUUUGUGUUUCUCCCGGCAAUGCAAUGAGGUAUUACAUUGGACUCCUUCUGAGUGAUUGCAUUGGCAAUGGAGUUAUCCAAACAUGUUUGGCUAAAGUUGUAUGAUUUUGAUAUCGACCUUUUAGGGAGUGUUGUUUUGUUGAUUUAUGCAUGAAGGCAGUGAAUUAGACAAUUGCAUAGAAGAGAAUCUGAAGAGUUUGUAGUUCAACAGUUGAUUGAAGAUGUUAACGUACGCCCCCUUUGCUAAAAUUUAUUGAUCUUUGAAAAUUU